CCACGACUAUUGACCGGGCGAUGUGGAGUCUACUCUACAGUGAUCCUUCGAUCAGUGAUCUCCACUAGCUGUUGGGCAUUUUGAGAUUACCAUUGGACAGACAUCGAGCUGUUCCUAUUUAGGAAUCUCGUGUGAGGCACGAGUCAGGAUGUCCUCGUAGGUACCCAUUGAGGCUGAUGGAUCAGACUGGACCUGUCCUCCAUAGCUGAAUCCGAACUCCGAUGACAAAAUCAGACCUCUAACAAAGAAUAUAAAAGAGAUCUCUCAUCCCUCGAAACCAAACCCCCAUCAUCAUCACAGCAACCAGCUUCACUCAUCACAAAAACAAAACAAAAUCAAGGGAUCAAUCCUCCGCAAAAAUGCAACUCAAAACCCUCCUCUCCACCCUCCCAUUCAUCACGGCCGUCCUGGCCAACCCAGCCCCAGUGCCAGCCCCCGUACCCGGCACCGUCGCCGUCGGAUACGGCCAGCAACUCCAGAACAAUGACCAGGCCAACCACUGGGUCGUCUGGAUCGAGGGCGAAAGUGCCUGCCCCAACACUCGAGUUCUGGCUAGGCUUACCGACAGCCCUUGCGACCAGACCUUUUAUUUCAACAACAAAGCCUACCACCUCGCCGACUGCGGUAGCGACAACGAGCCCCGUCGUGUGGUUCAGCCCGGCGGUGGCUCUGCGGGCUGCUCUCGCGAUAACCGCAAGAUUACCUGCCACGGUAGCACUCAUGACAUUGUGAAGCAUGGCAAGUGCGGUUAAGUGGGUUGAGGUUGUGAAUACGGAUACAUGAUGCGUGGAAACAGGGAUUGUGGGAGUGCGGUUAUGUCCCGGUUGAGCACUUGAAUGGGAAGGAAGUAUGACGCAUGGAGACAGAGAUUAUGGAAGGGGAAGGGGGAGUGGACUAGUAGUUAUGCUUACGCCCUUGUUCUUGGCUAUGGUCUUGUUGUUACAUGUCAAUAACCUGCGCCUGAUGGCAUGGCCUAUAGUGUUCAGUGAGCUUUGAAUGAGAUAGAUUUUGUCUUCA